ACCUCACUUUUCCUUUUGCCUUUUUCAGCGCAAGCGGUCCAUUCACUAUGGCUGGUGGUGUUGUCAUCCUCCCGACCGGCGGUGCCCACGACGUGCCCACCGAAGGCUCCCGCACGUACGCGAUCGUCGUCUGCGUCUUUUCGUCACUCGGCGGUAUCUUCUUUGGCUAUGACCAAGGCGUCACCGGCGGUGUCCUCGUCAUGGACUCGUUCCUGAACGAUUUCUGCGUCGACUACGACGGCAACACGAAGGCUGCCUGCACCGUCAACUCGGCCGACCUCCCGGACAACUGGUCGACCUUCACGACGCUCUUCAACGUGCUCUACUACAUUGGCUGCAUCUUUGGUGCGUACCUCGGCGGUGCCACCGGUAUCAACCCGAUCUUCACGUACGGCGGUCAGAUCUUCAAGGACGUCGUUGGUGACGGUGUCGUGUCACUCCUCAUCUUCCAAAUUGUCAACUUCCUCUCGACGAUUCCUGCCAUGGUCUGGGUCGACAAGAUCGGUCGCCGCCGCUUGCUUCUCCUUGGCGCCGCCGGGAUGGUGAUUGGUCACUUGGUCUCUGCCAUUGCGUUCACGGCGGGCUGCAAGGGUGACACGAGCAAGUCGGACUGCUCGACGGGUGCGGGCUGGACUAUGAUUGUGUUUACGGCCUUCUUCAUCUUCAACUUUGCGAUUUCGUGGGGUCCGAUCUGCUGGGUCUACCCGGCCGAGAUCUUCCCGAUGAACGUGCGCGCCAAGGCCGUCUCGGCGUCGUCGAUGGCCAACUGGUGCAUGGGUGCGCUCAUGAUCGGCAUUCCCAAGCUCUUCCCGUACCUCAACAUCAACGGCGUCUUCUUCCUCUUCACGGCGCUUUGUGCGCUGGCUUAUACCUACGUGUACUUCAAUUGCCCGGAGACGAAGGGCCUCCUCCUCGAGGACAUUGAGCUUCUCUUCUCCAAGGACGCGCCGAAGCCGUCGGCCAAGGCGCCCAUUGAGACGCCCAAGUUUGACGAAGCCUAAGCGCCAACCUCGCUCCCCUGUGCCUAGUUUAGUGACGGAUCCAUCUCUCUUCUUCAUAAGAUAAUGUA